CUGGAUGUUAAGCGCAUUUCCGAAUCCAGCAACCCGACCUUUUUUCAGUUCGGAUCCAAGAUACAGAUACAUUAUACAUAGAAGAAACUAGUGGAGCGGAGUGGAGAGCAGACUGAACCACCGCUCAAGCUCAGGGGUUGCAAUCUGAUUAGGGUUUUGCUGCAAGCACUCGACGAGUUAAGCUGAGAUUUUCAUCACCGAAUCCAAUGGCACCACCUCCAGGCCCUUACUCUGGCACCAGCACCCUCGCAUUGGUUGCUCGUGCAUCGGCCUUCACUUUCGGUCUGGUUUAUGGAAGCGUGAAGCUCAGGGUUCUCAAGAUGAAGGCCAAGUCACAUAAGAAAGCUGAAGCCAAGGCUAAACAUUGACGGGCUGAAGUCGUUAGCAGGGCAAGAUCAUUAGAAAUUUUUGCCAGAAGAACGUUUAUUUUAUGAUUAGUUAGUAAUAUUACAUUGACCAACUCCUACCCUUUAGAAGCUUCAACCAUAGGCUGAGUGCCAGCCUUUUCGGAUUGUUGUUUUGUAGUUGCAUAACUAGUAUCCUUGAAGAAGCUAUGUGUAAGAGUGGUCUUUGCUCCUGUUUCACUCUUUUAUUUUUAGUUCAAUCGUUGGCAUUUUUUGUGUAGUCUUGAUUCUUGAAAGCAAAUUUUUUAUGUUUUA